AUGUCUUGGCCUUGGUGUUGUUAUGUUGGGAAGAGCUACAAAAAGAAAAACACUGAAUCCAAAGAAGAGGUUUGUUCACUUAGGAUUCAUUUCGAACCGACUCAGAAGAGGAUGGCUGCACAACUGCAUCUGAUUGGCAUUCGUCUAAGCGUCUUCGUAAUUUGCUUUCAUUCUUUCUGCGCAUCAGACCAAUGUGACAAGGAACUGAAGAGGCUGCAAGAACAGGAGAAUCAUCUGAAAAGACAGCUUCAAAAACAAGAUCUCCUCCUACGCAGGCUACGGCUGUUUAACCAAGAUGACGAUGAAGCAAAUACCAGAGUCAACCAAACCAAGCACGGAGAGUUGGAAGACUGCUCCCACAUCUACAGCGCUGGCUCUAAAGCCAGCGGUUACUACAAUAUCCGACCACAUGGCUCCAAUGCUUCGAUCAGAGUCUUCUGCGACAUGAGUGAAGGAGGUGGUUGGACUGUGAUACAAAAAAGGAUCAACGGAGCAGAAGAUUUUAACAGAUCCUGGGUGGAAUACAAGGAUGGCUUUGGAAACAUGGUUGCAGACCUUGAUGAGUUUUGGCUUGGGAAUGACAACUUGCAUUCUAUCACAGCACAAGGCAACUACACACUGAGAAUUCAUCUGGAAGACUUUGAGGGUAACCAGCGCCAUGCCGACUACAGAAACUUCAAUGUUGCCGAUGAAAAGGAUCACUACAGACUCACCUUCGGCGCCUACACGGGCACGGCUGGAGAUGCUCUGUCUGGCAACUACCAGGUCGGUGUGUCAGACUGGGCCGCUCACCAGGGCGUCCAGUUCAGCACCUAUGACAAGGACAACGACAACUAUCAAGGCAGUUGUGCGCGGGAAGAUAAAGGAGGCUGGUGGUUCAACAAGUGCCACUCUGCCCAUCUCAAUGGCAGGUACUACCCUGAUGGCUACUAUAGUGGACUGACAGAUGAUGGUGUGGUUUGGUACACCUGGAGAGGAUGGUGGUAUUCCCUGAAACGCAGCAUCAUGAAACUACGACCUGACAACUUCAAAAUGGACCCUUUGGACGACCCUAAUGUUGUGCGUGGUGAUCCUUAACUUGGAUGGUGCCUCGAAAUAUUUAAUGAGUUUCAUGCAAAGGCCAUUCAUCUGUGCAGACAUAUUAGCCUUUUGCAGAGGAUAAAGAAUAUAUGCAUGAAGCUUCUUUCUCGAGAAUUGCUCACUAUCUGCUGAAUUGCUGCUUUUUAUGAAGUGGCGAGUCCACAUACAGUGCUUGGAUCUCAAAAUUUCAGCAAAAAAGAAUCCACUGAACGUCUGCUCUUAGCUUCAAAAUGCUUUUUUUUUUUACUUUGUGGCAAUUUACAUAAAGCAACAAACUAAAAAACAA